AUGGGGCUCGGGAUCGAGGAACCCUAUGCAUUCGAUGAUGUUUCCGACGAGGAUAGCGACGUUGACGGUCGUCCGAGCAAGAAAACCCCUGUGCCCGAUUCGCCCCCCGAACCCGACGACAGGGUUUCUAUAGAGUACGCACACGAUGAGACUGGUCCUACAGCUUACCUUCUGCGCGCUAUGGGCUUGCCCCAGCACGAAUGGGCUCAAGCGUUUCAGCGAAAAAACCUAGACAGCUCAACCCAGCCUGACAACAAGGUCACGCCGGAAGAUUCCAUCACCGCCACUGUUACCGAGGCGGCAGGCGAUCGUGAGCAAACAGACAACAAUCAACAACAAGCAGAGCCCGCCAAAGCACAAGAUCCAGCUACGACAGAUCAAGGCGAUGCUGUUGUGGAUGAUGACGCUGCACACUGUAAUACACUGUUUGAUCUGGCGAACAUGGACGUUUGCAAGACAGAGCACGGAGUAGAUGGUAAGUCAAAGCCUUCCAUCUACAUCCAUUCUACAAUUCAGUGA